GCAGGUCAUCUCGGAGUACAAGCACGGAUUGAAGAAGGACUUCAGGUUUGGUGCAAUUACAUUGGCGCCGUCUGUGGGAAACGAACUGAAAGCUUUCUAGUUGCUCUUUCAUCAUGGUUCACACUCGAUCAGUCCGAGCUGGUAAUUCAUCUUUGCCUCAUGGGCAAGGUCAACCACCCAACACCCUUCCACCUCUGAUCCCACCUCAAAUCCAACCUCGACUUCCACCUCAAGUCCCAAUCAUAUUCCCUCCUGUUGAUCAGGCAGAAGGAGGAGAUGAAAACCAACCCCAUAUCUCAGCUCACAAUUCAACUUCCACUGCCAACCAAGACGUGGUGACAGCUCAGCUUGCUGCCAUGCAGCAACAGUUUGGUGUUUUUCAGUUGAAUCCUCAACCGGUUCAAUCUGCUCCCGCUGUUAGUGAAUCUCAAGGUCAAUCCCACAUAGCACCUGCUCAACAACCCAUCCCUGAUGAUGUUACUCGCCGUCUCGAUAGCCUGGAAAAGCUAGUAGCCGAACACCGAGGUGCUCCACCCCCACACCAUGCUGCUGAUUCUAUACCUCACCCUUUGAAUACCAACAUUACUCUAGAACCCUAUCCUGCUGGUUUCAAAAUACCACAAUUGGAGACAUAUGACAGGACGAAGGACCCCGAUGAUCACCUGCAUGCUUUCUACUCUUGUAUGCAAGCUCAGAACGCUUCUGACGCGUUAAUGUGCAAAAUCUUCCCCUCUACUCUGCGAGGUAAUGCUCGAACUUGGUAUUAUAGUCUACCUCCGAGGUCAAUUAGUUCUUACACAGAAAUGGCAUCUACCUUUGCCACUAAGUUUUCCAGUAGAAGGUUGAUUAGGAAAACUACUACUGAAUUGAUGCAAGUUAAACAGAGGGACGGAGAGUCUCUAAAGAACUACAUGAGCAGGUUCAAUGAUGCGGUGUUGGAGGUUAAUUCCUUCGACCAAGCUGUGGGCAUCGCAGCUGUGAUCUCUGGUCUCAAACAUGACAGGUUCCGGGACAGUUUGAUCAAACAUGCUGCCACCACCUUUAGCGAGGUAAACGACAAAUCUCUGAAAUUCAUAACGGCUGAGGAAUACGCCUUGGCGCAAAACCCACCUUCCUCUAAGAACCAGAACCCAGAAUGGAGAGAUGACAAUCCGAGCCGGAAAAGGAUGAGAAUGGCGCAGAACCAAGGUCCGAUGUUGACCUCCCCAACGAGAUUCGAAAGGACGAACUCAACACCUUCGCAACAAUCUGUAGGUAAACCUCCAGUUAAUUGGACUCCCUUUAAUUUGCCGAGGUCACAAAUUUUUAUGCAGAUCAAGAAUAAAAUGGAUUUAAGGCUUCCUGGCCCGAUGAAAACUGCUGCUGCCAGUCGAGACCACACCAGAUAUUGUGAUUUUCAUCAAGAUCACAGCCAUACUACAGAGCAGUGUAACAGUUUAAAGUCUGAACUGGAAAAUUUAGCUCAGAAGGGAAUGCUGAACGAGUAUGUUCAGAGAACUGAACAGCCGAGGUUUAUCAGAGAACAGAGGCCGCAGCCUCAAGGAGUCUGCAAUCCUCCAAAUAGGCAAGGUGUAGGAUAUCAGCAAGCCCCACCUCCACUCCCACCACCAGCUAGAAUCAUACAUAUGAUUACGGGAGGCCUUGAAGCAGGUGGACUGAGCUCUAAGCAGCGAAAGUUGUAUGUUAGGGAGGUUAAACAUCAAAACCGAGCUCAGAAGCGGAAGAUUGACGAUGCUGAGUGGAAAAAUCAGCCCAUUACUUUCACGUCUGCUGAUCUCGAUACAGUUGUCACACCCCACAACGAUCCCUUGGUCACUUCUGUCAUGAUUAACAACUGUGAAGUACAGCGUGUCCUUGUUGACACCGAGAGUGCACCAAACAUCAUGUACUUCCACUGUUUCGAGAGUCUGGGAUUAGAUCCAGCAUUGUUGCAGAAAUAUGAUGGUCCUAUCUAUGGUUUCAACAACCAACUUGUUCCGGUAGAAGGAGUUCUUACUCUACAUGUGGCUUUUGGGAGUGGCAGGACCUAUGUGACCCCGUCGGUCCGGUUCCUCGUAGUAAAGAUGGUGUCCUCUUUCAACAUUGUUAUUGGCCGACCCACACUGACUGAAAUCCGAACUGUAGUUUCCCAGUCUCACCUCUGUAUGAAGUUCCCAACUCCUAUGGGAAUAGCAACACUGCGAGGAAACCAGGAGGUGGCCAGGCAUUGUUAUAUCACCUCGGUAACACAACCCAUGAAAGGCAAAGCUCAGACACCCGAGGCCAUUCCUCAGCAAAUUCCUGAUAAUCAGCAAGUUAUGGGUGUUGAGAUCGUAGAUAAUCGACCGGAAGAUGAAACCAGAGCUGCUCCGAUCGAAGAUGUUGAAGAAGUGCUCAUUGAUGACAGAGAUUUGAGCCGAAAGACGCAAAUCGGAACUAGACUGAACCCAGAGGAAAGGGCAGAGCUGAUAGCUUUUCUUCAAGCUAAUAAUGAUGUAUUCGCAUGGACUUCGGCAGAGAUGCCAGGAAUUCCAAAUUCAGCUAUUAAAGACGAGGUAGAGAAGCUCUUACAGGCUGGUUCUGUCAGGAAAGUUGAUUACUGCGAAUGGGUGGCUAACCCAGUUCUGGUGAAGAAGGCAAAUGGCAAAUGGCGAAUAUGCAUUGAUUACACAAAUCUUAACAACGCCUGCCCUAAGGAUUGCUAUCCAAUGCCGAGCUUUGACAAACUAGUUGAAGCAGCUUCAGGCAAUGAGAGGUUAAGCCUCUUGGACGCAUAUUCGGGGUAUCACCAGGUGCCAAUGGCUCCAGAAGACGAAGAGAAAACCGCGUUCUAUGCUGGCGAUGAAAUUUAUUGUUAUGUCAUGAUGCCGUUUGGCUUGGAAAACGCAGGUGCUACUUAUCAGAAAAUGGUAACCAUUGUCUUCCACGCUCAGAUUGGCAAGAAUCUAGAGGUAUAUGUUGACGACAUUGUGGUAAAGAGCCUAAAAGUAGAAGACCAUCUCUCCGACCUCGACGAAACCUUUAACAACCUUAGAAAGAACAGGAUGCGAUUGAACCCAGCCAAAUGCAUCUUCGGAGUGGAGUCCGGGAAAUUUCUAGGUUUCAUGGUGUCCCGAAGGGGAAUUGAGGUCAAUCCAGAGAAGAUCAGAGCAAUUGCCGAGAUGGAACCGCCGAAAUCAGUGAAGGAUAUACAGAGGCUGACUGGAAGGGUGGCAGCUCUGCAUCGGUUCAUAUCGAAGUCAGCAGAUAAAUGUCUGCCAUUUUUCAAAAUUAUGAGCUCACCGCCUCUGUUGACUAAGGCUGUAGAUGGAGAACUUCUUUACUUGUACUUGGGGAUUUCAGACGAGGCUAUUAGUUCAGUUCUGGUGAGAGAAGAAGCUAGGCAGCAGAAACCAAUUUAUUAUAUCAGCAGCGUGCUGCAUGGAGUAGAACUGAGGUAUCAUAUAGCUGAGAAAGCAGCAUUAGCAGUCGUCACUUCGGCCAGAAAGUUGAGGCCAUAUUUCCAGUCACACCCAAUUAUAGCUCUCACCGAUCAACCUCUCAAGCAGAUUCUGCAGAAACCAGAGUGCUCUGGAAGAUUAAUUAAGUGGGCAGUAGAACUGGGAGAGUUUGAGAUAAAGUUUCAGCAAAAAUCAGCCAUCCGAGCUCAAGCAUUAGCAGAUUUUAUUGUUGAAUGCACUCCAUGUCCUUCAACCUCUAAUCUAGAGUCCAACGAGUGGACCUUAUAUGUUGACGGAGCAUCUAGUACCAAGGGCUCAGGGGCUGGCGCUCUCUUGAUUGGUCCAGAGGGAUACCGAAGCGAACAUGCCCUGAAUGACUCCCAGUUGGUGGUAAACCAAAUUAACUCAAUCUGUAAAGUUGUUGAUCCUGUGAUGGUGAAGUACGUUGCCUUGGUGACCGAGUUGAAGUGCAAAUUCCAGAAAUUAUGUCUGAGUAAAAUUCCCCGAGCUGAGAAUGAGCAGGCAGAUUUACUCUCCAAGUUCGCCUCUGAUGGCUCUUUAAGUUCCAGAUCCAUUUUUGUGGAAGUCUUAGAUGAACCAAGCUUCAUGAAGCCUCGGAUAAUGGAGAUUAGCACAAACCCUGACACACCAAGCUGGACUGACUCAAUUAUCUCCUUUUUGCAAGAUGGAAUAGUGCCUGAGGAAAGGCAAGAGGCAAUGAAGUUGAGGAAGAAAGCAUCUCGGUAUACACUUGUUGAUGGGGUCCUUUAUAAGAGAUCUUUUUCACUUCCCCUUCUGCAAUGCUUGAAUCCUUAUGAAGCCGAGUAUGCACUUCAGGAAGUACAUGAAGGUGUCUGUGGGAGCCACGUUGGUGCUAGAACUCUGGCUCACAAAGUCUUAAGACAGGGAUUUUACUGGCCAAACAUGUAUAAGGAUGCCAUUUACUUUGUUCAGAAAUGUCCGAAGUGCCAAUUCUUUGCACAUCUGACUCACCAACCUGCAGAAGAACUCACGAACUUGGUAGCACCAUGGCCAUUUGCACAGUGGGGACUAGAUCUUUUGGGUCCAUUUGUGAAAAGGGUUGGUGGUGUAACCCAUUUGGUUGUUGGUGUAGAUUAUUUUACAAAAUGGGUUGAAGCUCGGCCUUUAGCUAGUCUUACUUCCAAGAAGUUAUGGGAUCAAGUUGCAGUUCACCUCCGUUUACCAUCCGGAGUCCAAUGGCAUGGUGGAAUCUGUUAACAAAUGCAUUUUGGAAGGAAUAAGGCCGAGAUUGGAGC